UUCGAAAUAUGAAUUUAUCAACUCUGGUCCAUUUACAAGUCAUUGAUCUUUCCAACAAUUCUUUCCAUGGAAGCAUUUCUUUUAUCAAAGACAUGGUUGGCUUGAAACACAUGACAACUCUUCAUCUCUAUAGAAAUCACUUUUCCGAUCACAUCCCACAAGAAAUUGGGUUGUUAACGUCUCUUGUUGAUUUGAAAUUAUCCCAAAAUAAUUUCACAAGUCAAAUCCCCCCUUCAAUUGGGAACUUGCAAAAUUUAACAACUCUUUAUCUAUGGGGGAACCAACUUUCAGGCCACAUUCCUCAAGAAAUUGGGUUGUUAACAUCUCUUGUUGAUUUGGAAUUGAGUACAAAUGAUCUCACGGGUGAAAUCCCUAAAUCAAUUGGGAACUUGCAAAAUUUAACAACUCUUUAUCUAUGGGGGAACCAACUUUCAAGCCACAUUCCUCAAGAAAUUGGGUUGUUAACUUCUCUUGUUGAUUUGAAAUUAUCUAAAAAUAAUUUCACGGGUGAAAUCCCUAAAUCAAUUGGGAACUUUCAAAAUUUAACAACUCUUUAUCUAUGGGGGAACCAACUUUCAGGCCACAUUCCUCAAGAAAUUGGGUUGUUAACUUCUCUUGUUGAUUUGGAAUUGAGCUCAAAUAAUCUCAAAGGUCAAAUCCCUAUUUCAAUUGGGAACUUACGAAGUUUGUCAACUCUACAUCUAUUUGAGAACCAACUUUCAGGUCACAUUCCUCAAGAAAUUGGAUUGUUAACUUCUCUUGUUGAUUUGAAAUUAUCUAAAAAUAAUUUCACGGGUGAAAUCCCUAAAUCAAUUGGGAACUUUCAAAAUUUAACAACUCUUUAUCUAUGGGGGAACCAACUUUCAGGCCACAUUCCUCAAGAAAUUGGGUUGUUAACUUCUCUUGUUGAUUUGGAAUUGAGCUCAAAUAAUCUCAAAGGUCAAAUCCCUAUUUCAAUUGGGAACUUACGAAGUUUGUCAACUCUACAUCUAUUUGAGAACCAACUUUCUCAGGUCACAUUCCUCAAGAAAUUGGGUUGUUAACUUCUCUUGUUGAUUUGAAAUUAUCUAAAAAUAAUUUCACGGGUGAAAUCCCUAAAUCAAUUGGGAACUUUCAAAAUUUAACAACUCUUUAUCUAUGGGGGAACCAACUUUCAGGCCACAUUCCUCAAGAAAUUGGGUUGUUAACUUCUCUUGUUGAUUUGGAAUUGAGCUCAAAUAAUCUCAAAGGUCAAAUCCCUAUUUCAAUUGGGAACUUGCAAC